AUGGAAUGCUUCUGGCAUUUUAUGCUGAGAGGUAUGGAUCACUUGGACGAGCAUGACAGUGAUGACAUGAAAGUAGGAGCAGCUUCUGAUGGCCCCUCCAGACUCAGAAAGAAGAGGUCCAAGGUUUGGGACGAGUACAAGCCCAUCAUUGUAGAUGGAGCAAUUCAGAGCGCGGAAUGUCGCUACUGCCAUAUUCGCAUGAGUUGCAGAGGUGCUGAUGGUCAAUCCAAUGGGACAAGUCAUUUGUGGCGACACCAGAAAAUUUGCCGAGCAAAAGAUGGGUUUUGUCCAAGCCCACUUCAACAGGACGCAGACUUGCCAUAUGUGGUGAAUGAAGUAGAGCCGGUGGACCAAAUUCUUCCAGAUUCACUUGAUGAGAUAAAGUUGUUGACUCAUAGUGAGAAUAGCAAAUUCAGGUCAAAGGUCUGGAAGGAUUUUAUACCAUUCUAUGUUCAAGGGAGAGUCCAGGGUGCUGACUGUGUCCAUUGCCACAAGCGACUCAGUGCAGAUAAAGGUAGAAGCCAUUUGAACCGGCAUACUCAGACUUGUCCAGCACGGAGUGGAAAUAGCCUAAAUCAUCAGAAAGGUGUGUUGUUCCAGUCCAGUAUACCAAGAUCUAAAUCUAGCCUUCAAGACGAGCUUUCACCUGCAUUGACAAAUGGCAAAGUUCAGAUUGCAGAAUAUGCUAGUAAGUUCCUCAAAGGCAGCUCAGGCGAACGUCAUGUUCUAGCUUUACCAGCAAUGGAUGAUAUGAGUCCCUCAGAGCAAAAUACCUCAUCAGCUCAGACUGCUACUGAUAUAACCAGGAAACCUGACCAAGAAGCAUCUUAUCAAGAGUUAACUAGAAUGAUUAUUUCACAUGGCUAUCCCUUGUCGAUUGUCGAGCAUGAAGAAAUGAGAAGGUUUGCAAAGAGCCUAAACCCCACAUUUAGCAUGGCUUCAAGCAUUGAUAUAGAAGAGUAUUCAACUCUUUUGUUUCAGAAAGAAAAGGCUGACCUUAAGGAAAGAAUUGCACUCUUGUCCCAUCGGGUUUCCUUGUCAGCAAGUGUUUGGGCUCCUCAUGGAGCUGAGGCCUCAGUGAAGUAUCUCUGUUUGGCAGUGCAUUUUAUUGACUCUGACUGGAAACUUCAAAGGAAAACCAUCAAAUUUGGUGUGUUUUGGUCCUCACCUACUUGUUUGGAAAGGAUGAUACAGUUUAAAGAGGCCUGUGUGCUAGAUUCUGAUAUUGGACCAUUUAAUGUCAUACAGGAAGCUAUAAGAGAUUGGAAUCUUGAUCAGAAGCAUUUCAGCUUGACGUCUGGCAGUGAAAUUAGAAAUGACGAGGGAACCGCAAAGCUGAUGGACUUGCUCAUCCAAAGGAAAUGCCUUCCUAUUAGAGGUGAGCUAAGCAAUAUCGCUUGUGUGAAUGAUGUGCUUAACAGCAUUGUCUCAAAAGGGCAACCAGUGCUUUAUCAUGUUGGUAACAUACUAGAGAAAUUUAUUCAGGCACAUAUGUCCUCAUCUCUGACUCGACAGCAACUUCUAGAAGUUGUUGCACAUAUGGGAUUGAAGUGCCCACAGGAAGAUGCUAAAUGGUGGCACAGAAUUUACUUUAGGCUUGAAGUUCUUCUGCAUUUCAAGAAGUCAUUUCCCUCUGAAGAAUUGUUAUCUGCAGAAGAUAACAAAACUGUUGAGUGUGUUUGCAGGAUACUCAGGGCUUUUUAUCAUGCUGUUGAAGUGAUUUGUGGUCCUGUUUGCCCCACAGCAAAUAUGUACUUCAAUGAACUGUGGAAAGUUAGAACAGCUUUGCAAGAAGAAGCAUCAACUGAUCACACUGAACUUGCUAACAUGGUUUGGGAGAUGCAGGAAGCAUUCAAUGAGUAUUGGCAAAAUUCAUUCGUGUGGCUGUCGAUACCUGUUGUUCUUGACCCCAGAUUCAAAAUGACUUUUAUCGAGUUCCGGUUGAAGCGAGCUUUCGGUACCGAUGCAGAAAAGUAUGUAUCUGCCAUUCGUGAUACAAUAAGGGAGCUGUUCCAUGAAUAUUGUGGUCUUUCAGAUAACUUGGGUGCCGAUACAUCAGCUCGUGAAGCUCGUGAUGUUGAGUUGGAUGGAUUUGACAGUGAUUCAUUGGAAGAUUGGGAUGAGCAUCUUAAUGCACAGACAAGGAACCAACAAUUGACUGAACUUGACAACUACCUUGAAGAUGGUCUUGUCCCAAGGAAGGAUGAUUUUGAUAUUCUGAACUGGUGGAUGAGUAAUUCUACAAAGUAUCCAACCCUUUCAGUUAUGGCAUGUGAUGUCCUGGCAGUGCCAGCUUCUGCUGUUAAUUUUGAGGCCGCGUUAAGCGGUGAGCUUAUAAGUGAGACUGAGAUAAGCUGA